GGCAGGGUGGAGAAGGAGAGUAAUGACACCUGACUGGCUGACUCUGAUACUGUCUUCAGAAAAAGCUCCAGAAAAUCACUUCUCCUGAUGGUUAUCUCAGAGCUGUCCAUUUUAUAAGAACGUGGGGAGGAGGCAGAUCCCUGGGAAGGAGGCCUGGGAAGGAGUCAGGACACAGAAGCUGCAUCUCUGGUCGGCCCAGUGCUCCUGGGACAGGUGUCUGCAUCAUCUGCUGGGUGUUUCUCUGCCAGCUGUUUGGUUGGCUGCCGCAAGAGGCCAGGCCCAGAGAGGAGUGAGGCAGUGAAAUGGCUGACUGCUAUACGGAGCUGGAGAAGGCCGUUGUCGUCCUGGUGGAAAACUUCUAUAAAUACGUGUCCAGGCACAGCUUGGUCAAGAACAAGAUCAGCAAGAGCAGCUUCCGCAAGAUGCUUCAGAGAGAGCUGAACCACAUGCUGACGGACACGGGGAACCGGAAGGCAGCUGACAAGCUCAUCCAGAAUCUGGAUGCCAACCACGACGGGCGCAUCAGCUUUGACGAAUACUGGACCAUGAUAGGCGGCAUCACCAGUCCCAUGGCCAACCUCAUCCGCCAGCAGGAGUGCCAGCAGGAGCCGCAGGGCAGCAGCUAGAGGCCCCUCUCGGGCCCCUUUUCAUGUCCUGACCCGCGCAUGUCCUGCCCAGUUCUUCCCAUGCUUCUUCUCAUUCACCUCUUCCUCUCUUCUCCGUCCAGACCGGCUCCUGCCCUUGCUGAACAGCACAAGGGGUGGGGGCGGGGGCUAUCAAGGCCUCUUUGUGAGUGUCUCACCCUGGCUGCGCUUCCCCGAGCAUUCUGUCUGCAGGCCCUGGGGGACCCCUUUGUGAAAUAUCGAUGCUGUUUGGGGGCCCCCAAGGAUUUCCUCAUUUGUUGAGUCUGUACACCCUCAAAAUGGCUGCUGCUCCUGUCUGAACCUUGCCUGAUUCUGGGUCUGUCCUGACCUCUGGAGGUCAGCUUGCUGCUUGAGGUCUCCCAGCUCCUGGCUGUGGCAGCUGUGCAAGUGGCAGCACCAGUAUUAUCUUCUCUUCCUCCCAACCUCUGAGCUGGGUGGAGAGGCAUUCCAGGGCUCCUGUCCAGCCCUCUCUGUCUGGGAAUGACCUAACCUGGGUUGAGCCUCCUCUCUGCUCUGCCACUGAAAUAAAGGCUGGAUUUGGAGUUUGUAA